AUGGAGCGCAUGAUGAUAUUUAGGGACUCUAAAAAUUAUUUUAGUGGUAGACAUGCGAGAGUCCGGUGUCUGUCUGAGUAUUUCAUCUGUUGCUCUAUUAUGUCUUGUGUAAGUUGAGAGACUACCGAUGAUAAGACCAACCAUCCCGGUUGGUCUUUCCCCUCUUGUCCUCAUACAAUCGCUUCUCAGAGAAAAUCGAGCGAAGCCCGCAUUGAAACGUGAAUGAUUAAUUUGAAAAUUUCAUUUUUUCUUAUUUUUUCUCUGAUGACUCCCUAUAUCUUAGUAAUAUUUCAUUAUGUUACUGCUGCACGAUCCCUUUAUCAAAGAGCGCGAAUUUCUCUUAGACCUGGCAGCUUAACUGAUCGUAAUAGUACUUAUAUUCAGUAUUCACAGAGUGGCUCCUUGUUUAAUAACUCUAUGUUACUUCGCGGCAGAUCACCCCUUCGGGGCGUUUAGAGUAAAAGACGGACGUCUUCAAUCAUUAUUUACGUUAGAGUUUACGGAUAGUACUAAGGGACAAGUAAGCGCAUUCUUUCAAAUAGAAAAGAUAAACUUUGGGAGUAUGUUAGUGUGAGUCGGAGAACAAGCAUGCAGCGUGCGUCUUACCAAGGAGCCGCAACAUGCCAGACGGAAUUUUGUAAAAGUAGGAAGCGGUGGAAGACAUAUGCCAAAUAUGGGGCGACGCGGCAGCCAUCGUUUUAAGGAGACGCCGCAAGGCGUCUGGGUGGUCUAUUCAACGUUGUUCUCAAAACUUCAUACUAUUUUAAUUAUUUCUACUAUUAACAUGUGUCCUCGAUCUGUCCCUGUAACUCACAUCACUCUCAUGUCAUCUCCCUUCUAACUUGUCCGGCAGCACACGUAGAAUAGCAGGAAAGACGACGACCGCGGGAAACUCCUGCACUAAAAGUGGGACUCAGCUAACCCAUCAAGCCAAGUUUUGAGACGCAUACGUCGGGAGAAGGAGAUAACGAUGUGACGGAGUAGAAAAAAGUAACAGGAAACCUCAUCAAUGCGACUUUAUAGUAACUUAGCUGUAACGGCAAUUAUUGCCACUCCCAUUCUUUCACCAGGCCGCUUUCAUCACGCUUUUAGCUCCGCGCUGUAGAUGACUGGUGAGGCAUGUGACUUCACCGGUCGAGAUCUCAAAAACAUUAGUUAAGUCCGAUCUCUGCGCUUAGGCGUAGCACAGGCUUGCUUCACUGAUUUCGGGUUUGCUAGUCGUAGUCAAUUUUUUUAACUGUCAGUACAGUUCAUGUUUUAGGUGGUUCAUCAGUAAAUCCAUCAUCAGUGUUGCGGCGUGUCAUACCCCUGCAGGUGUGCUGACUUGCUCACGGGGCCCCGCUGCGUCGGGUUGCGCCUUAGGUUUUCUACAGGAGUCGAAUGUGCGGCUUCUCCGAUAGAUGUAGAUUUGUGGCCGAUUGUCCGGUCUUAUGCGCACCCAGUAUGUAAUUUGGAUGAUCCUAUAAAUAAGGAGGUAAAUAAUUGAUUGAAAGGGUGGCAGCAUAUAGUCCUAACGCAAAAAAAAAAAAAAAAACCUACGGUCGUUAAAAGUAGCGAUAUCAGGGACUCACACAUGACUGCGACUGCAUUGUUUCAAGUGUAGGGCAGUCUACGUUGUUUCAAGUGUGUUGUCAAAAAGUCUUUGGUGGUCCAAAAGUCGUAUAAUAUGAGUGUGAGUUACUUUUUACGUCUUCGAACUCAGCCCGUAU